CAACGGAGAAAAAAAAAGGUUAGAUUUUUUGGGAACGGAAGGAUGUCUUGCUCCGUUGCGAUUGCGAGCUCCCCGGCGUUCUCGCCUUCUCGAAUCCCUCUUUCCUGCAAGAGCUCCCCAGAAACUCUAACCCUAAACCUAGCCCAGCACCACCUCCAGGCCGCCGAGGGCUCGCCGUCGCCGUCGGGGACGCCGUGCUCCACCUCGCCGUUCCGGUCCCGGUUCCAGAGAGGGGUGGCCCGGAUCAGGGCGUUCAGGGCCGUAGACUCGUCAUCCCCCUCUCCGCCGCCCAGUUCAUCAACUCCGGGUUCGAACUCGGUCGGGACAACUUCGCUGCUGAAGAGGAAGAGGCCGGCGCGGAUCGAUAUACCGCUGAUGGAGUCCGUGACCUUCGCGGCUCCAGUGAAAUCGGACGGCCGGAGGGAGGUGGAGAUGCAGAGCGCACGGUUCUCGGUGUACUGCAAGAGGGGAAGGAAGAGGUUGGAGAUGGAGGACCGGCAUAAGGCUGAGCUCGAUCUCCAUGGCGAUCCCCAGCUGGCGUUCUUUGGCAUUUUCGAUGGCCAUGGUGGUAAGGGAGCUGCUGAAUUUGCUUCAGAGAACAUGGGUGAGCGUAUAGUGGAGGAGUUGGUGAUGAGAGGUGGAGAAAGCUGUAGCGAGAUAGAGGAAGCAGUCAAGAUUGGGUACCUGAAGACAGAUGCCGAGGUUCUGAAACAGGAUGUGGGUGGCGGGACCUGCUGUGUUACUGCUUUGCUUAGAAAGGGAGACCUUGUAGUUUCCAAUGUUGGGGAUUGUCGUGCUGUUUUGAGCCGAUCUGGGACAGCGGAGGCUCUAACAUCUGACCACAAGCCUUCACGGGAAGACGAAAGGGAGCGAAUUGAGAGCCUCGGAGGCUUCGUCGAUUAUUGUCGGGGAUCAUGGAGGUUGCAAGGUUCGCUAGCUGUAUCCAGGGCAAUUGGAGAUUCACAUCUUAAACAAUUGGUUAUACCAGAGCCAGAGACUAAAAUCCUUAAGAUCGAACCUCAAUGUGAAUUCUUAAUUUUAGCCUCUGAUGGGCUAUGGGAUAAGAUUGGCAAUCAGGAGGCAGUAGAUAUAGCUCGGCCCUUUUGCUUCGACACUGAUAAGCCAUCACCUCUCUCUGCUUGUAAAAAGCUUGCUGAUCUAUCCGUAGCUAGAGGCUCAAUGGAUGAUACCAGUGUUAUGAUAAUACAGUUGCGGCAUUUUGUCUGAAGCUAUAGCAUUUUGUCAGGAGCAAAAGAAGAUUUUUUUUUUUGUUUGUUUGUUUUAAAGUUCCGCAAGUGUUUGUUUUUUCAGGAACUUGCGGCGUUAUUCAUUGGGUUAUGGGCAUCAUUUUACAAACUCAUUCUCUAACUUUUCUUUCACAUAGGAUGAAUGUAAUAAGAAAUGCCACUAACUCGUUUAUGAUGUCAGUGAGCCCGGCAGCCUAUGGUAUAUCAAAACGGCCUGCUAGAAAUGGACUGUAGAUGCUUCUUACUUUGAUUAAUGUAAACGUUUUAUGCAAUAUAUUGGCUAGGGAUUCUGUAAUUUCCUCUUGUUGAUAUUGCUAUUUAAUUUUGGGCAAAAUCUUGA